AUGUCGGCCGAGGACUACAUUCCAUUAGUGUCAUAUCGACGGAAGUACCGCAAGGCCAUGGUCAGGUUUGAGAAAGAAAUGCGAGAAAGCAAUGCUUUAUUCCGAGACCAAGAAAGACUGUAUGACAUUUCACAACGUAUUGCAGAGCAGAACGACCAGAUACUAGCACUACUCCUCGAAUUGAAUUCACAUCCACAAAUCCCCCCUCGACUGCGGUACGAUCUGCAAGAUCCUGCCACGACGAGAAAACCAGAGAGACACACGGAUGAACAGACUGCGCUUGAGACACUAAGGGUUACUCGACAUAAGAUACAGAAGGGCGAAGUGCAGCAACCAGUCUACGAGGAUCUGGAACAAGAACUGCUAGAUACUGUAGAAUUCGCACCAAAACAGUCCUAUGCAGAUCUAUUGAAGGGAGCACCACUGGAACGACCCAAAAUUGACAUCACUCCAGACCCAAUCAGCCACCUGAUUGGCGGGUUCCUUUCAAGCAAGCAGGAGGAAGCAUAUCUUCAAGCACUAGAUGACUUCCUGCGCACAAAGUCCAAUCAUCCUAGAGCUCAUGCGCUGGGCAAUCCUGGUGCACGAAUAGACGGAAAAAGUGCAGAUCGGGAACGAGAAGCUCAACUUCGCAAUCCUGUCAGCGUGUACAAUUGGCUGCGCAAGAACCAACCUCAGGUCUUCCUCCAAGAUACAGAGGCUGAAAAAGCAAAGGUCGCUCUUGCUGCUAACCGCAAAAGCAAGAGAGAAAAUGUAGCCAGGGCACUAAAGGCCAAUCAGAAAUCCCUCGAAGACGACGGCUUAAUGGCAGAGGACGAAGCAGCUGCGAGCACGAGCAAAGGCAAGAGAAAGCGCGAUGAGGAUGGAGGAUAUAGGCCCAAAGGUGGUAAUGCAAGACCGAUCAAGCGGCGAAAGGGUGACGAAGGGAAGAGGAGCAAGAGAGCCAGCAUGGAUAUAUCUGCCUCCUAG